AUGUCCGAUAAGUCUUCGUCGUUUAAUCUUUCAUUCUUGAGUCCUUCCACUUUUAAUAGUGGGUCGACAAGUAGAGGUGAAAUAAAGCUGGUCUCAACUCCUAUUAAUUCAAGACAAAAUGCAGCCGAAUUGUCCCCAGUUGACCUUGACGAAAUAACGAAAAACUCGAAUCCAAGAACCCCAACUUCCAAGAAUGACGUGAAACUGGACAAAUUGCAAUCCAUAUUAAAAAGUAGUCGCAAUAAAUCUCCUUCCAGGAAACAAGGUCAGGAAUACUCAAUUACUGAGUCGCUAUUGAAGAAGCACCCAGAAUUGAAGCUUGCAGCGAAGAAUGGAGACAUAAAUCCUGUGAAGGGUGCUCGAGUGAUAUUUUCUCCCACAAAGGAAGUUUUGUCUUAUCGAAAUGACUAUUUCGAUGAAUAUAGCGAGGAAGAUUCCGUGAGUAAUUUGAAAAAGAUUAGGAGAAAUAAAAGUAAGAAGGAAUAUGAUGAUGAUUGUACAAUUGACUUAACAAAUGAGAAUAAUAAUGACAAUAAUGGUACAGAGGCAGGAGUAAAGGAAAAGACAAGUCGGUUGACUAAGCUUAUGACGGAUCCAACCAUACCAUACGUGCUUUCAUUGUAUCUUCAGCUACUUUUCAAUCUUUUAUUAAUAGGAGUUAUAUUGUACUUGCUAUUCAUAUUUAUUAGGACGAUAAAAUCAGACAUAAGUCAUAAGCUCGAAACAUACACCUCCGAUGCAAUUCAAGAAAUAUCACUUUGUUCACGAGAAUAUUAUAGAAAUAAAUGCUCGAUUGAAGAUGGUCAUAAGAGAGUACCGGCUUUGGAAAAAGCUUGUACCGUAUGGAGCAAAUGUAUGAAUCGAGAUCCUCAAUUAAUUGGUAAAUCGAAAAUUACAGCUGAAACAUUUGCGGACAUAGUGAACGGUUUUGUUAAGCCUAUAACCUGGAAAUCGUUGUUUUUUAUGAACUUUAUGAUAUUUGGGAGUCUAUUCAUAACCAAUAUAGCGUUAGGUAGCUAUAGAAACUCGUCGGCGUUCAAUAACACUUCGAAGAAAGAACUUACGGACAUGCAGAGGGAAUACGAAAAAAAGAUUGAAGAACAAAACAAACUACUUUUAGAAUACAAAAGCCAACUACGUGAUCAAAAUGAUACUUCUAUAAACAAUACCAAUUCCUACAUAACUACGUAUGCGGGAAAUACUCCUAAUAUGAAUAGAAUACAUCCUUCGCAGUCUUACAAUCAAAUAAUGUUACAUGACCCCCCUUCGUAUGCAUCACCUUUAUUAAAUAGAAACAAUCCAUAUAAAUGA